ACAUUUUGAAUAAUACUGAGCUUUAUUUCAGUCGGCUACGCGAUGGAUAAUAGCAGCAAUGGAGAAAUAGCUUCGAUGAGCACUGAAAAUGUGUUGGAGGUGCUUAAGAAGCGUGGCGUUGAGCUAAUGAAUAAGGCCAACGUAACGCGUCUUCUGGAGGUGGAAAAAAAAAAGCAUUUGAAUACAAGCAAUACGUUGUUUCUUAAAAAUCACAAGAUGAAACAGAAGUUGGCGAAAGUCAACCGACAAUAUAAGAAAAAACUGGCCGCUCUGCGGAUCGAGAUGAAGAAGAUGCGUGCAGCCAAUGUAGCAUAUCGAGACGCAUUAGACAAAAUUAAAACAAUCAACAUCAGACUAAUGAGUAUAUUAUAGCACUUCAACAACCUUAAAAAACUAUUUCUUUGAAUAAACCUGAAAGUCGAAUGUUUGA